AUGUACGGCUUACGAUACCUCCAACUUUUCAUCUGCGUCACUUUCACUGGAAUAGCCUUCUUCGUAGGAUAUCUUGACUUGACUGUCCGCAAUGCCAUUGACGCAGUUGCGCCUGCCCUUGCUUCCUACCUGCUUGGCCUCUAUGGGAGCCUGAUCAUCUAUCGAGUCUUCUUUCACCCUUUAAAGGCCUUCCCAGGCCCACUUUCGGUCAAAGUAUCUAGCAUUGCCUUUUCUGCCAGGCUGCUAUCCCUCGAUGCUCACAAGAAGGUGUUGGCCCUUCAUCAAAGACAUGGCGACUUUGUGCGAGUGGGAUCCUCGGACCUGUCAAUCAUUCAUCCAAAAGCACCUGAUGCCAUCUAUGGCAAAGGAUCGAAAUGUACGAAAGCUGACUGGUACGACCUGACUCUCCCCAUGACUUCGAUGCAAACAACACGAAAGAGGGCAGAACAUGACAAGCGACGCCGCGUAUGGGGCAGGGCGUUCAACGACCUGCGAGGCUACGAAGAACGAGUCACCAUCUUUCAGGAUCAGCUUCUUGCAAUAAUCUCCGCCGCAGAUAGAAAGCCGGUCAACAUUACCGAGUUGUAUCAUCAAUUUAGUUUUGACGUGAUGGGAGAUCUCGCUUUUGGCGCCUCGUUUAACAUGCUCCAGAGCAGCGACUAUUGCUGCGAAUUGCUGGACAAGAGGCUCAAGACCAAAGUAAACACGCCCAAUAUCACCUCUUUUCUCGUAGAGCCGUGGCUCGACAAGCAGCCUCUCGGGUAUGACCUCAAUGUGCUUCAAGGGGACAGUCAACUCAUCAUUGUAGCUGGAAGUGAUACAACAGCUUCAACGUUGACGAACCUUUUCUAUGAGUUGGCGAGAAAACCUGACCUUGUUUCAAAAAUUCGAGACGAAUUGCAGCCGCUUAUAAAGCAAGGUGGCGACAUCUCAGACCAGAAACUUCAGACAUUGAAUCUACUGACCGGCGUGAUCAAUGAAACCUUGCGCCUUCACCCGCCAGUCCUGGCCUUACAGCGAAAAACUCCACGGGAAGGAUUGACAAUUGGGGAGACCUAUAUCCCUGGUGAUAUUACAGUGUGGUGUCCACAAUACGUCGUUGGAAGAAGUGAGAAGGUCUACGCGGACGCUGCACACUUUCGUCCAGAGCGAUGGUACGCCCAGCGUGAUAUGAUCAAAGAGGCUUCUGCCUAUGCGCCAUUUUCUCUUGGCACUUAUAAUUGCAUUGGCAAAAACCUUGCACUCAUGAUACUUCGCACUACUCUGGUGAGAGUGAUUCUUAAGUACGAUAUUAGCUUUGCCACAGAUGAGGAGGAAUUGGCUUUUGAAGACAGGGCCAAGACACAAUUCAACACCUUGCCUGGCCAGUUGAACCUUACAUUCCACAAGCGGAGCCCAGAAUGA